GCGGCGCAGCGCAGGGAACGACCUGAACGCGCCGCUGCCGAGAGAGAAGCUGCUCGCUGCAAGAGUAGCAUAGUAAGCAGCUACGCGGCGACGAGUGCGUUACGCCUGUUAAGACGACGACGGACGAUAUGCAGGCCUGCUGCCGCUGUCGCCGCGAGUGCGCGUACUAAGUGGAGAGAGAAAUCGAGUGCGCAUCGAGAUUCGAGGGACGCAUUGUCCGAGCCCUCGCACUUCUUGGCGGCGAGCAGUUCGAGAAGAAACGCUCCAGUCCCUCUCAGCUCUCUGCUCCGAGGCGUUUCCGGCCGACACACAUCCUGUACCAUCGCAGCGAGCUGCUGACGCUGCUGUAUACUUAGAUAGACACAAGGGCUGCUGGGAGUACUACGAUACACAGAGUUCGGUGCGCGGAGUGUCGAGUGAUGGACGCAGCAGCAGCAGCGCGUUGUGCAGGGCCGGGCGUAUGUGCUACUCGAUAGUUCCGUAACCGCGACACGCAAUAAAGGCGAGCAGAGCGUAGGUUAAGGAGCGAUCAGCGUGAAGAAAAGCAUCAGCGGAUCGUGACAGGGGGCAGCACCGCACUCGCCGCCGCCGCCGCCGCCGCCGCCGCCUGUGUCUACUCGCAGCGCGAGCGAUACACAGAACCCGCGGCUACAGGGACACGCACGGAGAAGUAGUUCCCGAGGAGAUCCGAUCCGCGCGAUCGCGGACUCCUGCACGCAGCUCUUACGCACCUCCUGCACGCCGCCCGCCGCCCACGGCCCCGACGAACCUAACCUACCGACUCUCUGCGCCCGGAGAUUCGAGCAGCACAGAGCAGCAGACGAGCGCGUACGAAAGAUAAACUGCCGAAGGAUGGAGGCGAUCGCGAAGCACGACUUCACGGCGACCGCCGAGGACGAGCUCAGCUUCCGGAGGAACCAGGUUCUCAAGAUCCUCAACAUGGAGGACGACAUGAACUGGUACAGAGCGGAGCUCGACUCGCGGGAGGGUCUCAUCCCCAGCAACUACAUAGAAAUGAAGAAUCACGACUGGUACUACGGUAGGAUAACUCGAGCGGACGCCGAGAGGCUACUGAUGAACAAACACGAGGGCGCCUUUCUAAUCAGGAUCAGCGAGAGUUCGCCCGGUGACUUUUCCCUGUCCGUCAAGUGCUCCGACGGCGUGCAGCACUUCAAAGUCCUUCGGGACGCGCAGGGCAAGUUCUUCCUCUGGGUCGUCAAGUUCAGCAGCCUCAACGAACUCGUCGAGUACCAUCGCACCGCCUCCGUUUCCCGCUCGCAGGACGUCAAACUGCGCGACAUGGUGCCCGAAGAGUGCCUGGUACAAGCCCUGUACGAUUUCACGCCGCAGGAGCCGGGCGAGCUGGAGUUCAGGCGAGGCGACGUCAUCACCGUGACGGACCGCGCGGAUCAGCACUGGUGGCACGGCGAGAUCGGAAACAGACGGGGACUCUUUCCCUCCACCUACGUCACCCCAUAUCACUCCUAGACCUCGUACGUGCCACGUGGAAGACGCAGCGGGUGCGCGGCCAUACCCAUAGUCUACCGGAUCAGGCUGACCGCGGAGCUGAUCAACAGCAUCCUCCAGACUCCGCUGAUCGACUGGGCGAGCCGGAUGUAUUGGUGGUCGAGACGUCGGGUCUCCUCCCGCUCGGGACGGGACUCAUCCACGGCCGCCUCCUCCUCGUCGCCCCUAGCCUGCUGAGCCGACGAGUGCGAUAGGAUGUAUAGGUAGAGAGACGACUCGGUCCGACUCCGCUCCUCAUCCGCUUUUCCUUUUCCCCCCGUACUCUGUCUACUGUCUCUGUAUUGCGUUCGCAGGCCCGGGGUCGGACCGGCUCGCGGUUCGAGGCAUACUUUCGGAUUUUUAUAUCACUGAGCGAGCGACGGAAGAGUGUAAACGUGUUUAGUCCUUGACUGUUUUGUGCUUGUAAUUAUUAUAUACUAUAUUAUGAGUUAUGCUUUGAGGAGAAUCUCUCGCGGUCUGAGAGGGCAGAUGUGCGAAUUGGAUGGAUUGAGACAGCACAGUACUGAGUUCGUUGAGUGCAUUGGUGCGAGGACCGGCGUUGACCGGCGUUGACUGAGCGAUUCGACUGCGCAUCGGUACUUUCCUCCUGGUUAUUCUCUCUUUUUUUUUCGAUUGCUGUAAGGGACUUUGAGUAUUACGUGAGUGUUUUGAGUAGUAUUAGAAGUACAAAACGUCGAGUCGCGUGUAGUUUACAAGUAUUAAGUCUUUUAUUCGAUCUGACGAUUAACGCAAGCUCCCUUUUUUAAAAGCCAAGGAAAGAGACACACGAUCGGAGCGUUAUAGUCAACGACCGUUGUCCGGUCGAAGAAAAUCAUCCAAUUCAACUUGUCGAUUGUCGAAGAUAAGAGUGUCAGCGGAUUCUCUAAAAGGAAAAAAUGUUGCUUACGUGCUGAUGAUAUAAAUCAAUUUUAUGCUGCAGCGCUAAGACGUAUUUUUAAGGAAAAUAAUAACAAUUAUCAUAUAAAUGGCUGACACUGGCCUAGAAAAUUGCAGACUUUUCCGCGAUUGAGCUGAAUUAUUAUUAUAAUUAUCAUCAUUAUUAUUUUAAUGAAAUGUAAAAUCCAUAUAAAUAUUAGGUCGGACGAAAGAAGACGACGCUGUAAAAUAUUUCUUCUUGCAAGUUUAAUAAGAAAAGAAAAUCGUGAAAAAAGUUGUCUUGCGUCGAAUAUAUAUUUGGCCUGUACUAAGAGAAAAAGCAUUUUCCGUAUGCACAAAUAUUAAUUUCUCCGAGUACACGUCGUUUAUCUGAGCUUUCUUGUUUGAAAAUCUAAAAGUGGGCUUACAAGGAAUACGAAAUAUUACGGUACUAGAUCUCAAGUGGCAAUUUAAUGAUGUAAUUCUCACCCGUCACAUACCUUUUUUUUUGUUUUUCACUAUAGCAAAUACCUACACAGUCUUUUCAGUAUUUGAUACUUGCGGAGUAGUUUUGUGUCCAUUCGUAUUUUUUUCGUAAAUAUUGUUGAAACUGCAAUUCUAAAGUCUGUGAGCAUAUGCCUUAAUUUCUUGACUUAACACAGACUUUACCUUGGAGGAAAAGGUGCAAGUUCGUUUUUGGUUGAAAAUAUUUCUCCGGCGAAAAAUUGUUGGGCGAGGUUCAAUAUUUAUUAAAACAAUAUAGGGAUAAACGAAAGAUGUAGCAAGUGAAUAUCAAAUACUGUUUUUCUCCUUUGACGAAUAUAACGUGUAUGAACUAGCAAUUCAAAACUCGUAGAUACUUAAGAUGAACUUUUUCUUUGUUAUGACGCGGUACGAGGAUAGAAGAUGUAAACCAGAUUGCAAUGUGUAAGAAACAAUUACUUUGGAGCAUCGAUCAGAUCCUGUCUACAUCAUACGAAAUGGCAUUUUUCCCCUCCCGAUGUUGCAUCAACAUGGAAAAUUUUGUCUCAGUGUGAAUUUUCUCUCUUUUUUUUUAAUGAUUGUUUUACUGGUAAUUUCAACUUUUUAUUCUUAUACUUUCUAUAAUCUUGACACUUUGCUGAAUCAUGCUGCUAUUAUGCCUUUUUUUUUAAACGAAGCCUUACUUUUACUAUGUAAUUAUUAUUAUUAAUUAUUAUUGCGUUAUGUUACAUUUUAUUAAUACCAAUAUAUUAUAUUAAUCAUACGAACAUAUUUUGUUUCCUUUUUCUCAUCACACAAGCCCUCGAUCAGAGUAUAAACAUAAAGAAAAUAUAAACGAUCGACAUAACAAAGACUUUGUAAUGCAUGUAGAGUUUAAGGUUCAUCCGACUGAGAUAGAAAAACUGAAAGAAUAGUCCAUUUUCGUUUUUAUAAUAAUAAAAAUGAACGACAUUUGCAACGCAUAAGUGACAGUUCCUGCCAAAUGCUCUUUUGAGUUCGAAAACGAGAGAAUUAAAAUGGCUACUCGAGGAGACGUGCUUUUCAUUUUUAGCCGAGCCUCGAGUAAAUUUGAAAAUUCUAUCCUACACGCGAUGCGAUGUGUUCAAUCUACGGUGCUUCAGAAUUUGUAUUUUAAAAAUGAAAGUGAAAACGAUCAGGAGUAAUCUUUUUGAUUCUCUUCGACGUUUUUGUCUUGUUGAGAAGUAUUUCAAAGUAAAGUGGAAAAUUGAAAAAAAAAA